GAAAUAAGUGUCACCUUUUAUGAUAUAUACAUACGUGUGGCGUGUUGCCCGGGAUGUGCUGCGCGUGUGCUGUUCGCCGAUCCUUUUUAGUAGAGCUUCGGCAGAAGCUUUACGAUUUAUGUGUGAAUAACAAUUAAUAACAACAGUAAUAAUAAUAAUAAAAACAAUCGAAAUAUAUUCGCGAGUGUCUAACGUCGACGACUGCCUUAACGCGCAAAAUGUGGAAUAUGAUGUGCGACGUGAUGCCGACGAUCGCGGAGGACAGCAUGAGUCAGCGAAGCUCACAAUUCUCCGGCGAGGAUGGCAACUUUGAGCAACUAAUGGUAUCGAUGUUGGACGAGAGAGACAAAUUGAUGGAGUCGAUGCGCGAAGGCCAAGAGCGGUUGCAGGAGAUGGAAACGCGAUUAGCGGAAGUCGAGAAGGAACGGGACGCUCUUAAUCGUCAACUUAACGCAAACAUUCCUCAGGAAUUUUCACAGUUGACGAAAGAAUUGGCGGCAGCGCGAGAAAACAUCUUAGAAAGGGAAGAAGAAAUCUCGGAGUUGAAAGCUGAAAGAAACAAUACACGCCUCCUACUAGAACAUUUGGAAUGUUUAGUAUCACGACACGAGCGAUCGCUCAGAAUGACGGUUGUGAAACGUCAAGCCGCUGCACAAUCCGGCGUAUCGUCCGAGGUGGAAGUACUUAAAGCUCUAAAAAGUCUCUUCGAACAUCACAAGGCUUUGGACGAGAAGGUGCGCGAGCGUUUGCGCGUGGCCCUUGAAAGAAAUACGAGUCUCGAAGAGGAACUGGUCCAUAUCAAAGAAGAACUUCAGCAGUAUAAAGUAAGCGGACACCCAUCAAAAGCCAUAGAGGAUAGACCGAAAGAGAACGGGCAAGCGGAUGAAGGUCAGCAGCAGAAUAAGAAUGAAACUGAGCAGGCAGAAAGCCAGCAACAGCAACAACUCGAGCAACAUCAAGCGCAACAACAACAAUUGAUACAGCAGCAAAAGCUAGGUACAGAGAGAUCUGCUGAAGCUGGCAGUAGACUGAGCAAUGGGAGUCUCGAUCCGGCUGAUCAGGACUCAGCGGUGCGAGUAAUAGACUUACAAGCCACUCUCGAUAAACAGAGUUCAGAAUUAAGUACGUGGCAACGACGAGUAGCUGAACUAAGCGGGCGAGUUACCGAGUUGGAGGAAACGUUAUCUAAAACGCAGAAGGAUCUUCUGAAAACUCAAGAAACGAAUGUCAAAUUACAAAGAGAUCUGCGAGAGAACGCGGCACAAAAAAAGGACCAAGAGGAACGAAUAGCAACUUUAGAAAAACGAUAUCUUAAUGCUCAACGAGAAUCCACUAGUCUUCACGAUCUUAAUGAGAAAUUAGAACAAGAAUUACAACAUAAGAAAGCUCAACUGAAGCUUCAAGAGGAAAAAAUCGCGGCUAUACAGGAGAAAUUAGAACUUGCGGAACAGAAAUUAGCUCAAUAUGCUAAGUUACCAGAAAUGGAAGAACAAUUGAAGCAGAGGAUGGAGGCUCUGACGCAGGCUCAAGAGAGGCAUGGUAGCGCUGAAGAUAGAAUACAAAGACUGGAGACACAAUUAGAAGAAAAGAAUGCGGAAGUGAUGCGUGUUAAUCAACGACUUAAAAUGAACGAGGAGCAUAAUACACGUCUUAGUGCAACCGUCGAUAAACUUUUAUCUGAAUCUAACGAAAGAUUGCAAAUGCAUUUGAAUGAGAGAAUGCAAUGGUUAGAAGAGAAAAAUGGGCUUACUCAGGAACUUGAAAAGACGAGAAAGGUGGCAGAAGACCUCCAGAAUGAAAAGGCUGACAUCGUUAAGGAAUUGGGAAAAGCUCGCUUAGAAAUCGAUAACGUUAAGAGACAGAUGCUCCAGCAGGAGAUUGCAUUUAAUAUUCAGCAAACAGACGCUUUAACCAGAAGUUUAUCUCCAAACGCUGUAGAUCCAAGUUCUUUUUCAAGGAGUGCGAGUCACAGUAGUUUUGAUACGCAUUCGUUACCUAGAAGAAGUGGUAAACGAUCUAUCGAAGAUGAUUCGUCAAAGAAUUAUGUGGCACGGACUCUAGCGGAGCAGGAAUGGGAGAAACUGCAACAAGCGCAUGUACUUGCUAAUGUUCAACAAGCUUUUGAUGUUUCGAGUGAUGCAGAAGGGGAUGGAGAUAAUGAAAGUAUAUUUAGUUGCACGGGUGACGUAAUUAGUCCUACCGGUCAUACAGAUGCCCAAACACUAGCGCUAAUGUUGCAAGAACAAUUAGAUGCUAUUAAUAACGAAAUUAGAUUGAUACAGGAAGAAAAACAGAGUACGGAAGCACGUGCUGAAGAAUUGGAGUCUCGCGUUGGCAGCCUUGAACACAUGAAUUUAUUAGCAAGGGGUCGAAGCCUCGAACGUGCUUCACCACCAUUAAGCGGGCGAUCUACUCCGAAAUCACAUCAUAGCCCUAAUAGAGAUUACCUGCACAAAUACCAUACCGCACCUGCAUCGAUGUCCCCGGCACAUUUACAUCAAUAUGCAGCUUCUUUAGCUAGUCCAGGCCAAUUAUCGGAAUCUCUUCCUGCUAGCCAGUUACAGUUGUCAGGAGAAGAGUUACACUCUGUAAGUGAGAGGGAUAGUACUGGAGCUGCGGGAAGCGGUGGUAGUGAUGCGGCUUCUCCUUUAACAGCUAGAUCUUUGAGAUUGGAACGAGUCGUUCAAGCGUUGGCGCACAGUCAGGAGGAACUCAGAAGACGUACAGGACAGAGUGGAUUUCCAAGCAGUGGUUUCUCCACGCACAGCAGGCAUGGACAGCAUAACAACGGCGCACUCAAUUCUGGGACUCCCCCUUCCCCAUUGUCCUCACGUCAUAGCAGCCAGGACAGUUUGCACAAGAAUAACUUCUCUGGUGUUGGACUACCUAUCGGACAGCUAUCAACGUCGCAUUUACACAUGCAAUCGACUAUGAGCCCCGCUACAGCAGCUGCAGUUGCAGCUGCGCAAAAGAAGAAAGGCAUUAAGAGCAGUCUUGGUAGAUUUUUCAGCAAGAAGGAAAAAAUCAAAGGAAAAGAUACACCAAUGCCUGGCGAUGUACCAGGGAUGGGAGGGGCGAGUACACCAGCAGAUCCUGAUUACGGAGACAGUGUAUCUGUAGCUGGUACACUUGGAAGCAAAAGUGAUUUCGACCGUAGGAAAAAGAAAAGUCCCAGUAUGUUUGGUAGUAUGCUGGAUUCUUCGCGACACGAGCUCUUAGCGGAAGCGAUGAAAGCUGGGACACCCUUUGCCCUGUGGAACGGACCGACGGUUGUUGCAUGGUUGGAGCUUUGGGUAGGCAUGCCAACGUGGUAUGUCGCUGCUUGUCGUGCAAAUGUCAAAAGCGGUGCUAUUAUGAGUGCUCUUAGCGAUACCGAGAUUCAACGAGAAAUUGGUAUAAGUAAUCCCCUGCACCGUCUAAAGCUGAGACUAGCUAUUCAAGAAAUGGUAUCGCUCACUAGCCCGUCAGCGCCGAAAACGUCCCGUACAACAUUAGCAUUUGGUGAUAUGAAUCAUGAAUGGAUAGGGAAUGUUUGGUUACCCAGCCUUGGACUGCCGCAGUAUCGUUCCACUUUUAUGGAGUGCCUUGUUGAUGCUAGAAUGCUCGAUCAUCUUACGAAAAAGGAUCUUCGUGGACAACUCAGAAUGGUUGACAGCUUUCACAGAACAAGUUUGCAGUACGGCAUUUCCUGUUUAAAACGACUAAAUUACGAUAGGCAGCAAUUAGAAGAAAGAAGACGAAUGGCAGAAGGUGCCAAUAUAGACGUACUUGUAUGGAGUAAUGAUCGUGUUAUAAGAUGGGUACAGUCAGUUGGUUUAAAGGAAUACGGAAAUAAUCUCUUGGAAUCGGGUGUACAUGGCGCACUUGUAGCUCUCGAUGAAAGUUUUGAUGCCAACAGUUUUGCGUUAGCAUUGCAAAUUCCCACUCAAAACACACAGGCGAGACAAUUGUUAGAGAUGGAAUUUUCAAAUCUGCUAACGGUAGCGACAGAGAGGCGGCUAGACGAGAAUAAUAGUAUGAAAUCCUGAUCCAGCUCAUCAAGCAGGCUGCCUCAUAUUCAACCACAUCAUGUCUAGUCCAAAAUCCCAGCUAUCGCUACUAUUUAUGCGCAGGUGUGUUGUAAAAGUUGUAAAAGCUUUAAAUAUCACGCUAUGAGUACCCUCAUAUUGUUAUGACAAACGUGACAUAUAUGCUGGAGUGUAUUUCGACAUAAAAUCUGUUGAGAUAAACUUACGAUACAUAUGAAAAGAAGAAUAGAGUAGGUAAUUCAUUCAAUUUUUAUGUCACACGCGCCUAAAUUGAUGCGCCGUGUGUCGCAUUGACGAGAAGAAAUAGAAAAAUAGUUAUUUCAGAUAGUUUUCAUAUAGAUAUCGGAAUGUAGUAGGCAGUCAUUGGAUUAUACAAAUAAAAAAGAAAUACGCGAUGAUGUAUAAUAUAGCACUCUUCUUAAAAAACCGUAGUAUCAGUUACAGAAGAUUAACGACAAUAAUUCUCCUUGAGUUAGCUUAAUUUGUUUGUAAAGGUGUUUAUAUAAUCUGUAACCUCAGUAUUAUGACGUCGCGCAGUAGUACAUUUGUUAUACGACUACUGAUAUCACGUUCGCAUACGAUAAACGUGUACUUAUAUUGUUAAAUACUUAAGGCAACGUAAGCUAAAUACUCUUUACCGCACAAAGACGUAGUAAAAAAGAAAAAUAAAUGGUCUACAAGAGAUAUCGUUACUUUUGUGAAAGUUGUAUAUGGAAAGUAUCCUGUGACUGGCGAUACAGUUAGGAAAAUAAUGUAAUUCUUUUGUGAAAGGGUGUAGAAUAAUUGUAUAAUAAUCUACUUCUGUUUUCUCCGCACCAGUUAUAGGAUAUCUUGUAUAUUGUAUUCCGAAAAGACUGCGUCCUAUGUUUCCGUAUCUAUAAAUCGCGACCUAAAAGCCGUGCAAACGAAAUACGUACCGUGUUAAUUUCCACGGAUACAGAGUUCCAGAAUAUUCGUUCCUCUCGGUUAUUCUGACGAGACUCGAGAAUUUGUAUUUCUAAUUCCCAUAUAUUACACGGCGCGUAAUAUAUUGUAUAGUAUUAUACAACAUAUUUAUAUAUUGUGAAAUUAUAUGCUGAAAGCGCGAAAUAAGUUGUUUGGACGAGGUUUAGACGCGCGCUCGCUUUUUAUUUACUAUAAGAUGACUAAAAAUGGACAUUUUAUAUCGAAUAUUUGCGCGAUGUACAAGUGUACAAUGUGUGUGUUAGUAGAUGCGUUAUGAAAUUAAAUAACUCGAUUAUAUUUUGUAAACGCAGCUGCCGACCAAUUUUGAUAACUUUCGUUAUAGUACUCAUUAAAUCUGCUUAUUUUGCGAGCACAGUGACGUUUAUCUGUUAUCGUGGUAUCAUCGGUAUCUCAUUGUUGUCUCACUAUUGUGUUAUAGACAGUUGUUUCAUAUACAAGAGAGAAAAAGAGAGAAUGCGCAGAUAUUUCGAAAUUAUCUCUUUUAAACAUAAUUAUAGCUAAUUGUUAAUAGACACGGUCGGUAGCAAAAUAAUGAAAAAAUGUGUAAUAUACUUACAAAAGAGGGAAAGUUGAUUAAAGCAACAAUUAAGACCAUAGCCUGUAGUGUGGCUAACAUAAAUGUAAUGAAAAAUUAAAAACAAUGUUGCUGAAGACAAUGAUCGUGACGGUAAUUAUCAUUGCCAAUCAAUUAUACAAACAUUAUAUAAAGCUAAAGGUGCGGUGAAAGACUGAGACAUUGAUGAUUGUAGUACGAACUGAUCGAGGUAAAAAAGGAAAAAAGAGAAAAGAGAUCACAAUAAUGACGAUAAGUUAUAACACUGAUAUUGUUAAUGUUGUUGAUACUUGAGGAAUCAUUGUUGUUGAUGUUUGUUUCCCCGUAAAUAUUAUACUCUUCUCGCAAACUGUUUAUUCAUCGUAGGCUCCCAUGGCUCCGCAAGACCUUCCGAAUGGGCGUAAAUGUACCAAAUAGUUUUUACCAAAGACUUUAUUGAGUGAUGUGUAUUGAUAUAUCAAUGUUACGCAAGACAAGGCAGGCCAACAACGUCGGUGCUUCAGAUACGAAUAACACAUCAAUCAAAAUACACACGCAUUCAUAAAAAGAAUUUGUGCUAGAUAGAUGCGUAGACACGUUUUCAAUACGUGUCGUUUUUUUCAUCAAUUUAAAUUGGAACGCAUUUAUAAAUAAUUGGAAGUACAUUAUUCCAAAGCAGCGUUCUUACUACCUCAAUUUUGAAGUGCGAUGAUACAUUUUUUUGCAGAUACGUCACGUUCAUUCAUCAAUAAUCUGUCUAUUCGUCAUAUUUUGCGCAUCGUAAAUUGUAACUUACGAACGUAAAUUAUAUGCGGAUGGUUCAAUGAUUUGCGCGCAACUACAGUAAAUUACUUCAAAACACAAAGCAGGAAUAAAACGCACGUAUUUAUUCGCUUGUUAUGUAUAGUAAAAAUAACAUGUAGUUAUAAAACUUUA